CAUGUUGACUUCCCUCCCUCUCGUCGGUGAACUAUUUAACGACCAUUUUCAGUUGUCCCAACCCAAUUCUCCCACUCCACAAGUCCACACUCCACUCCACUCAACUCAACUCAACUCACUUACCCACUUUCUCUCUCCUCCUCCACUAAACCCUCACUUACCUAAAAAGUUCUUCCAACAUAAUCAUUCCUUUUUCCAUCUUAAUCAUCAUUAAUUCCUCAUUAACCUUGUCAAUUCACUAAAAAAUCCACUUUAAUUACCUCAUUUAGUCGUACUAAUUCAUCAUUUCGCCAUUGUUGACUCAGAUCUGAGAUGAUGAAGAAAAAGCAAGGUCUUUGAGGUGGAGAAACAAGCAAAAUUUCAGCAACCCCAGAAAAAACCCAGCAAGGAAAGAGGAGAGAGAAAAUGAGGGGUGUUUCAAUUUUUUAUGCUGUUUUUAUGGUGUUGUUUUCUGGGUUGUUUAAUUAUGAGGUAAAUGCUAGUUUACUUGAUGAUGAUAAGAAAGCAUUGAUGGAUUUUGUUGGUAAAGUACCACAUUUACAUGUUCUUAAUUGGAGUGAGAGCACUUCAAUCUGUAGUAAUUGGACUGGUAUUACUUGUAAUGCCGACUCGACUCGGGUAAUCUCGGUCCGACUGCCGGCUGUUGGGUUUAACGGGGAGAUUCCGGGUGAUACUAUUAGUAGGUUAUCAGCCUUGCAGAUAUUGAGCUUAAGAGAGAAUGGUAUUAGUGGUACAUUUCCUAGUGAUUUUGCUAAUUUGAAGAACUUGUCUAUGUUGUUUCUUCAGUUUAAUAACUUUUCUGGUCCUUUGCCUAGUGAUUUUUCUACUUGGGAGAAUAUGAGUGUGCUUAAUUUGUCGAAUAAUCGUUUUAAUGGGAGUAUACCUAAGUCGAUUUCAAGUCUGAACUUGCUUUCGGCUUUGGAUCUUUCUAACAAUUCUAUCUCUGGUGAGGUUCCUGACUUGGGGUUACCAAAUUUGCAAGUGUUAAACUUGUCGAAUAAUAAUCUUAAUGGCAUAGUCCCGAAGUCGUUGCAAAGGUUUCCUAAGUCUGCGUUUUUAGGGAAUGAUGUUGAUUUAGUGAAUUCUUUGGUUGAGCAGUCUGAUCUGUCGCCCAUUCCUGGUGGUAGGCUGAUUAAGCCAAGGAAUUGGUGGAGGCAGGCUUGGUUCUUGGCAAUUGUAAUUGCAUGUGGUGUUCUGGGGAUUGUAGCAUUUGGGUUUUUGUUCUUUGCUUGUUGUUUAAGAAGAAAGGAUGAUGAUGGUUUUACUGGGAAAUUUCCUAAGGGAAGCAGGUCCCCUGAGAAAGCAACCUCAGGUUGUCAGGAUUCAAAGAAUAGGCUCGUGUUCUUCGAGGGUUGUAAUUAUGCUUUUGAUUUGGAAGAUCUGUUGAGGGCUUCUGCUGAAGUUUUGGGGAAGGGGACUUUUGGUAUGUCUUAUAAGGCGAUUUUGGAGGAUGCGAAUGUUGUGGUUGUCAAGAGGCUGAAAGAGGUAAGCGCUGGGAAAAAGGAGUUCGAACAACAAAUGGAAUUGAUCGGUAGCAUUAGGCAUGAAAAUGCAGUUGCACUUCGAGCUUAUUACUACUCAAGGGAUGAAAAGUUAAUGGUGAAUGAUCACUGCAGCGAGGGGAGUAUCUCUGCGAUGUUACACAAUCAAAGAGGAGAAGAUAGGAUUCCCUUGGACUGGGAAACACGGUUGAGAAUAGCCAUAGGAGCAGCAAGAGGAAUUGCUCACAUCCACUCAGUCAACGGGGGGAAAUUCGUGCACGGUAACAUUAGGUCUUCAAACAUCUUCUUCAACUCCCAGAAAUAUGGUAGUGUUUCAGAUUUCGGAUUAGCUACAGUAAUGACUCCAUUAGCUCCACCUAUCUCUCGAGCUGCUGGUUAUAGAGCUCCUGAAGUGACAGACACACGGAAGGCAACCCAAGCAUCAGAUGUUUACAGUUUUGGAGUAUUCUUACUCGAGCUUCUUACUGGAAAAUCACCCGUCCAUGCAACUGGGGGUGACGAACUAGUGCAUUUGGUGAGGUGGGUUCAUUCAGUAGUACGAGAGGAAUGGACUGCUGAAGUCUUUGACCUCGAGAUCCUGAGAUAUUCUCAUGUUGAAGAAGAGAUGGUAGAGAUGUUGCAGAUUGCUCUUACUUGUGUAGCCAGGGUCCCAGAUCAGAGACCCAGAAUGACCGAUCUUUUGAAGAUGAUUGAGGAUGUACGGAAUUCUCUUGCAGAGGUUCACCCUGAAACGACUUCCGCACCAAGUCCACCACAUUAGCUGUUAAACACGGCCAAAAUCAGAUGGAACUCUGGAAAUAGUAGGUUUGUAGAAGACAUGUUAUAGUGCCCUUUUUUUUUGUUAUUACCUAUUCUGGUUGUUUUGUGAUGGUUGUUGUAAGUUGUAACUUGUAUUUCUCAUUUCAAGCUGUAUUGAAAUGUGUUAUUUGUCAUUAAAUUACUGAAUAUCCUAGUUUUAUUA